GUAGUAGCUGUAGUAGCUGUAGUAGGUGUAGUAGCUGUAGUAGUUGUAGUAAGCGUAGUGUCUGUAGUAGCUGUAGUUGGUGUAGUAGCUGUAGUAGGUGUAGUAGGUGUAGUAUCUGUAGUAGGUGUAGUAGGUGUAGUAGGUGUAGUAGCUGUAGUAGGUGUAGUAGGUGUAGUAGGUGUAGUAGCUGUAGAAGCUGUAGUAGGUGUAGUAGGUGUAGUAGCUGUAGUAGGUGUAGUAGGUGUAGUAUCUGUAGUAGCUGUAGUCGCUGUAGUUGGUGUAGUAGCUGUAGUAGGUGUAGUAGGUGUAGUAUCUGUAGUAGCUGUAGUCGCUGUAGUUGGUGUAGUAGCUGUAGUAGGUGUAGUAGGUGUAGUAUCUGUAGUAGGUGUAGUAGGUGUAGUAGCUGUAGUAGGUGUAGUAGCUGUAGCUGUAGUAGGUGUAGUAGGUGUAGUAGCUGUAGUAGGUGUAGUAGGUGUAGUAUCUGUAGUAGCUGUAGUCGCUGUAGUUGGUGUAGUAGCUGUAGUAGUUGUAGUAAGCGUAGUGUCUGUAGUAGCUGUAGUUGGUGUAGUAGCUGUAGUAGGUGUAGUAGGUGUAGUAUCUGUAGUAGGUGUAGUAGGUGUAGUAGGUGUAGUAGCUGUAGUAGGUGUAGUAGGUGUAGUAGCUGUAGAAGCUGUAGUAGGUGUAGUAGGUGUAGUAGCUGUAGUAGGUGUAGUAGGUGUAGUAUCUGUAGUAGCUGUAGUCGCUGUAGUUGGUGUAGUAGCUGUAGUAGGUGUAGUAGGUGUAGUAGGUGUAGUAGGUGUAGAAGCUGUAGUAGGUGUAGUAGGUGUAGUAUCUGUAGUAGCUGUAGUCGCUGUAGUUGGUGUAGUAGCUGUAGUAGGUGUAGUAGGUGUAGUAGCUGUAGUAGCUGUAGUAGGUGUAGUAGCUGUAGUAGGUGUAGUAGGUAGUAGGUAGUAGCUGUAGUAGCUGUAGGUGUAGUAGGUGUAGUAGCUGUAGUAGCUGUAGUAGGUGUAGUAGCUGUAGUAGCUGUAGUAGGUGUAGUAGGUGUAGUAGGUGUAGUAGCUGUAGUUGGUGUGGUAGGUGUGGUAGGUGUAGUAGCUGUAGUAGCUGUAGUAGGUGUAGUAGGUGUAGUAUCUGUAGUAGCUGUAGUCGCUGUAGUUGGUGUAGUAGCUGUAGUAGGUGUAGUAGGUGUAGUAUCUGUAGUAGCUGUAGUCGCUGUAGUUGGUGUAGUAGCUGUAGUAGGUGUAGUAGGUGUAGUAUCUGUAGUAGGUGUAGUAGCUGUAGUAGGUGUAGUAGCUGUAGCUGUAGUAGGUGUAGUAGGUGUAGUAGCUGUAGUAGGUGUAGUAGGUGUAGUAUCUGUAGUAGCUGUAGUCGCUGUAGUUGGUGUAGUAGCUGUAGUAGUAAUAGUAGUAAUAAAUUGCUUUAUUUGCAUGACCGCAUCACUUUACAGUAUUGCAAAAGCAUGUAUAUGACAAUCAAAAUAAAAACAAAACAGCACUAAUAACAAUCUAGAAAAAUUCGGUUACAUUACUAACAAUGAAUCACGUAUUUUCAUGCAGGAGGAGACAAACUUCAUAACUAACUUAUUUACAUGAUGUUCCUUCGAAUUCAUUAUCAGUUUUAUGCUUUCCGGAGAUGAUUUCUUGUCAAAGUCAGGUAUUAUUCGAUUGAUUUGAUUAAUAAAUGCCUGUCUCUGUACUGAGUAUUUGUUACAUUGAAAGAGGAAAUGAAUCUCAUCUUCUACCUGAUUUGAGUUACAUAAAGGACAUAAUCUAUUUUCUCUUGGCAAAUGAUCGAUUUGGUAUCGACCAUGUUCAAUCAUAAGUUUGUGAUUAAUUAUUUUAAAUUUAACAAAAUUCUGUCGUUCGUCAUAAUGUCUUAGCUGGUAGAGAUAAUCAGAUGUAGAAUAUUCAUCUUUAAAAGUUUUAUAAAAUUCUAGUUUUUUUGAAUUUUCGAGGCUGUGCCGCCAAAAAGAUAGAUAUUUCUCUCUCAUUUCUGUGGUAUAUCGUCUAAUUUUAUUAUUAUCUAGAGAUUCAGCAUCUAAACUGGUUAGAUUGUAUUGUUCAAGCAUGUUUAUGAAAUUGGAAAAAUAUCCGGAAUUAUUCAUAGAAUGUAGAUUCUUUGACAUAAGGAAAGACUGUUUGACUAUAGAGUCAUUAUCUUUGUUGUUGAGGUAAACAAAAUAUUUCAUAAUUUUCUGAUUUAUCGGGAUAAGCAGCGGCAGUCUAUCAAGUUCAGCUCUGCAGGCUAUGUUAGAGGCCUUAUUGUUAACCUCUAAGUAACGUUUACAGAAUUUGAGGUGGAUUUUUUCUAUUGGGGAGCUAUCCCAUUUUUUAAAAUCUUGCUUGGUGUACAUUCCCCAUACCUCGCUGUUGUAACUCAAGAUUGGGAAUACCAUGGUGUCAAAAAUUUGGGAUGCAGUAUUAGGAUUAAGUUUGUUAAGAAUUGUCCGCUUCCGAAUACUAGAAAACGCGUGAAGGGCCUUUUCUUUUAAGUGUUCGAGUGCAAGUGUAAAGUUUCCCGUUGGAGUUAAACGUGUACCUAAAUAAGUGUAUUCUUGGACAAUUUCAAUUGACUCACUGCCUAUGUUGAAUUUGAUGUCAAUAGAUUUUUUUUGGGCGUUUCUGGAAUAUCAUAAUUUUUGUUUUCUUGGGAUUAAUUUUUAGCUUCCAUUUGUCACAAUACAAAGCGCAUUUAAACAGUUCUGUAAUCCAGUUUUCGAUCUUGAUAGAAUAACUAAAUCAUCUGCGUACAAAAGUGAAUUUAUUUUUUUCCCAUUUGGGAGAACAAAUGGGUCAGAUAAGGUGUUUUCGAAUAAAAGUGGUAGAUUGUUUAAGUAGAGGUUAAAUAAAAGAGGACUUAAAAUACAGCCUUGACGUACACCUCUGGAAUAUGAAAAAGGUUGUGUUUUGUUUUCACCGAUUUUGAUGGAACAUGUCGAGUUGCAAUAAAGACUUUUCAUGAGGUUGUACAAGUUUCCUCCUAUAUUCGUUUUUAGCAGCUUAUAAAACAAUCCUUCGUGCCAAACAGAGUCAAACGCUUUGCGGAAAUCUACGAAACAAGCGUAGACUUUUUUCCUUGUGAUAAUGCACAUAUUUAUCUAUUAGGGUCCUUAGAGUGAAAACAUGGUCUGCAGUGCGGUUUUCAGGCAAAAAGCCAAUUUGGGAAUUAUGUAAUAUCUUAUUUUCCUCAAAAUACAAGUGAAGUCUUCGAUUUAAAAUAGAACAGAACAGUUUUCCAAGGCAACUAGAAACACAUAUGCCUCUGUAAUUUGUUGGAUCACUCUUGUCACCAGAUUUGUAAAUUGGGGUUAUGAGGCCUUGACACCAAACAUCUGGCAUUUUUCGGAUUGUAAAAUGAGGUUAAAAAGUUUGACAUAGACAGGCAUUAGUGGUUCGAGGCUUGCUUUGAUCAUUUCAUUUCGUAUUUUGUCAACAAAUGGUGAUUUCUUAUUUUUCAAUUUCUUCGCCGCUUGACGUAUUUCCCUCUCAGUUAUCUCAUAAUCGAGAUGGUUAAACCGUUCCUUUUCGUGUUCUAAAGAAUUUAGUUCCCUAUGGAUUUUCAUGUUCAUGCGUGGAAUUCGUCGGGUCAAUAGAAUGCAGAGAUUUGAAAUGGUGAAGCCAUGAUUCUUCCGAGAUUGGGGCAGGAACAUUUUCGUUGAAAGUGUCGCUCAUCGAAUUUAAACAAUUCCAAAAUGACGCCUUGUCAGGAUUUAAAGCUAGUUCGUCGAGUUGUAAUGUUUUUUCUUUGUGGAAUCCUCUCUUCUUUGUGCCUAGGAGCUUUUUGUAAUCAUUCAAGGUUUUGUGAUAUCUUUCCCGCACUUCGGAGUUGAGGGGGUCACGGUGCUUUUCAUUUGAGACUUUUCGUAAUUCAUGCCUUUUUAAGCGACAUUCACAGUCGAACCAUUUCUUGUUGGAUGAUUUCUUAAUACGCUUAUAAGUUUUCUUAGCUUUAAUUUUUAGGCAUAGCUUGGAGCUCUCAGUUAGAAUUUUCAUAGCGUUUUCUAAGGAGAUAUUCACAUCUUCGGUGUUUCUCUCCAUAUAUUGUCUAAUUAGAAUUUGGAUUGGUUCCGUGCGCAGUGCGUUUUUGAAUUUUAAAUGUGAGUCAACUUCCCAGCAAAAUUGCCAUGGUAGUAGUUGUAGUAAGCGUAGUGUCUGUAGUAGCUGUAGUUGGUGUAGUAGCUGUAGUAGGUGUAGUAGGUGUAGUAUCUGUAGUAGGUGUAGUAGGUGUAGUAGGUGUAAUAGCUGUAGUAGGUGUAGUAGGUGUAGUAGCUGUAGAAGCUGUAGUAGGUGUAGUAGGUGUAGUAGCUGUAGUAGGUGUAGUAGGUGUAGUAUCUGUAGUAGCUGUAGUCGCUGUAGUUGGUGUAGUAGCUGUAGUAGGUGUAGUAGGUGUAGUAGCUGUAGUAGGUGUAGUAGGUGUAGUAGGUGUAGUAGCUGUAGUAGGUGUAGUAGCUGUAGCUGUAGUAGGUGUAGUAGGUGUAGAAGCUGUAGUAGGUGUAGUAGGUGUAGUAGCUGUAGUAGCUGUAGUCGCUGUAGUUGGUGUAGUAGCUGUAGUAGGUGUAGUAGGUGUAGUAGCUGUAGUAGCUGUAGUUGGUGUAGUAGCUGUAGUAGGUGUAGUAGGUGUAGUAGGUGUAGUAGCUGUAGUAGGUGUAGUAGGUGUAGUAGCUGUAGUAGCUGUAGUAGGUGUAGUAGCUAUAGUAGCUGUAGUAGGUGUAGUAGGUGUAGUAGGUGUAGUAGCUGUAGUUGGUGUGGUAGGUGUGGUAGGUGUAGUAGCUGUAGUAGCUGUAGUAGGUGUAUUAGGUGUAGUAGCUGUAGUCGGUGUAGUAGCUGUAGUAGCUGUAGUAGGUGUAGUAGGUGUAGUAGGUGUAGUAGGUGUAGUAGCUGUAGUUGGUGUAGUAGCUGUAGUAGGUGUAGUAGGUGUAGUA